AUGCGGACACAACAUCUCCAAGCCUUCGAAACGCUGCCAUGGUCCCCCUUCUGGUCUGCGCCCGUUGUUGGUAACUGCCAGGCGUACUACCUCGACGCAUGCGGAAGCACUGGGGACACCCCGACGAAUAUCAACACUUGGGACUUCGCCCGGCGCGGUCUAGCCGGCCCCCAGCAACGGCCUACAAAGGAUUCUCCAGACCACGAGGCACCGAGCUCCUCCUCUGCCACAACGCCUAGUCCUACCGCAAGGCGGCUCCCCAGUUCAAUCCUAACCAAAGGAUUGGGACCACGGCUGGCAUGGCAUGCAGCUAUUCGCAUUCUUUGCACGGUCUCUACGAAGACGGAUAUUGACGCGAAUACACGCCAUCGCCAGAGAGAGCCCACUUUAGGCACCUUGGGUGAGACGUGCAUGAAUGGCGUCUCGUACUUGAAGAAGAAGAAGCAAAUACAAGCGUCAAAUCGUAAAUCGCGGCAGACGAAAAGAAAUGGAAACCAUUACAAGGUAGUGCUUGACAAACGAGCGAUACAUAGCUUGUUUGUCCGCAUUUAUGGGUGCACCCCUAUGGCAUUGCGACGGACCUAUGGCUACCUCACCGCACUCGCGGUUACGUCCGUCGACAGGCCUGGUCUCCGCAACGGGAUGCUAGGGGGUGGCAUGGCUUGCGUGCGUAACUAUGAAUCCAGAACCACACUGGCGACAAACAGCACACCCCCAUUCCACGAGAAAUUGUCAUACCAUGGUAGUGAAGUUGCUUGCCGGCAUGCUUGGGCUGGACGCCGUGGCUGUCUGCCCAACUCCUCGUUCCCAUUCCUCUGGGACCUAGGUCUGUUUAGUUCGAGGGGUGUUCAACGGCGAAGGGAUGAUGGAGCCGUCAUCCACCACCUCCUCCAUUCAUAUCAAUAUUCCGCAUCGUAUCUGUCGCAUAUUGGCAAAUUGACGGAUCGAAUACCGUUCUUCUGUCGAAUGACUGACACUGCUGCGAUACGUGUCGGCGAGAUUUACAACAGAACGAGCCCUUGGGAUAUCGGAUGUCUGAGUUACCUAGCAUGGGAUGGCAGCUUUCACGCCCAUGGCCACGGCAAAACGAAGCAUCGGGACGGAUUAGCCAGAUCGCUUCAACUGCCGACUGGCUCGCUGCAUUGGAAGGAUGAACAACUCUGCCCCCGCCGAUGCUGGAGGGUGCUCCGGGACAAUUGUGCCCAAAGUGGUAUCUCGUCCGACGCCAUAAUCGGCGGCGCUGGACCCGGCCGGAGCCAGCAGCAUAUUCUUUGA